AUGCUGUCGGAGAGGAACAGCGAAGCGGAGAGCGCAACGUUCCUUCCGACGGGCGCUUUCAGUGUGAUAGCUGGGGAUGGUCUCGAACAGAUGUUUGAUUCACGCUAUAAAAGUCAGAGGGAACGAAAAGCCGUCAAACCGACCCUACAAAGUAAGGUGUAUAAUUGCCUGGAGCGACCAGCCGGAUGGCGUUGUUUUGCAUAUCAUUUUAGUGUAUUCGUAGUUGUGCUGGUGUGUUUAAUCCUUAGUGUGCUGACAACCGUCGAACAACACAGUCAAUUCGCAGCAGAAUUAUUGUUUAUACUGGAAAUUUUCUUAGUUGUAUUCUUCGCUAUCGAAUACUGUGUACGGCUAUGGGCGGCUGGAUGUAGAUCAAAAUAUCUAGGAUUUUGGGGCCGCAUGAGAUUUGCUAGAAAACCGAUCUCGUUCAUUGAUCUCUGUGUGGUGCUGGCCAGUGUCGCGAUAAUACUGGUUGGAAAUGAAGGCCAAGUAUUUGCUGCCAGUGCAAUACGAGGAGUGCGAUUUUUGCAGAUUUUACGAAUGUUACACGUGGAUCGACAAGGAGGUACUUGGAGGUUGCUCGGCUCUGUCGUGUUCAUCCAUCGUCAAGAGCUUAUCACAACAUUGUACAUAGGUUUUCUUGGAUUGAUCUUUUCCUCGUAUUUUGUCUACUUAGCCGAAAAGGAUCACAUUUCUCCGGAUGGGAAACAAGCCUUCACAAGUUAUGCGGAUGCUCUAUGGUGGGGUGUGAUAACAAUGACAACUAUUGGUUACGGUGAUGUUGUUCCUCAAACAUGGCUUGGCCGAAUCGUUGCCUCGUGUUUCUCCAUAUUUGCCAUCAGCUUCUUUGCUCUACCAGCUGGAAUUCUUGGCUCCGGAUUUGCUUUGAAAGUUCAACAAAAGCAACGUCAAAAGCAUUUUAAUCGUCAAAUUCCGGCUGCAGCCACCCUCAUUCAAUGCUUAUGGCGAUUCCAUGCCGCUGAGAGAAAUAUUGCAGCAACAUGGAGAGUACAUGUGGAUCCAUUAGCAGGAGAAUCAAGCGAGAAUCACCGAAAACAAAACGGAACGGCGACCGAAGAUUCAGCUGCGCAACGACGAAAAUUUUUUCGAAAGCAACAUUCCAAAACCAGCAUAUUUACAAUUCCGAAAAAAUCGCGUCAUAGUGGUGUUAGUGUCGAUUUGGAGAUGGGAGAGCGAAAGAGGGAAAAAGAACGUGGCAGUGAUGUGGAGGAUGAUCGAGUCUUCAAAGGAGGUUCCGAAUCACGUCUAGAUGUAGUGGAAGCGGACGAGGUUGAAUACUCAUCAGUGCCGAAAAGAAUUGCUCACAUUUGCGAGCUUACAAGACCGUACAAAAAUGCCAUAAAAGCAAUACGAAAAAUCAAAUAUUUUGUUGCUAGAAGACGAUUCCAGCAAGCUAGAAAACCGUACGAUGUUCGCGAUGUCAUAGAGCAAUAUUCGCAAGGACAUCUUAAUAUGAUGGUGCGUAUAAAAGAAUUACAACGACGUCUCGAUCAGACACUUGGGAAACCAGGCCAGGAUCGAGCAUCAAAAGCAUCGUUCGGGAAUGUAUUAACAAUAGGAGCACGGUUAUCUCGGAUUGAGACGCAGAUGUUGAAUCUGGAACGACAAAUGAACACAACGAUGAGCUUGUUGACCACGUUGUGCCGACAACAUACGUCCACUCGACGUGCAUCGAACGCCUCUCCGAGUCCUCCAUUCGAUCGAUCCUCAUCGCCAACGCUUAGCGUCGUUCAACUUUAA